CCGACCCGAAGUACAGAAAUACCCGAACGGGUUCUACACCUCUAUACCGAAAUACCCGAAAAUCCGAAAUACCCGAUCCGAACCCGAACGGGUACCCGAAUGCCCACCCCUAGCCUGGAGUCACUCACGUGUUCUUGCACGCCGUUAACCGGAGCGACGGAGAAGAAUGAGGAAACAGAAGAGAGAAAAGAAAAGAACGAAAAGAAAAAGAAAUUCUUGUGCUCUUUCUUGCUGACACGUGGUGGAAAAACUACUUCAAAACCGGUUCCAGAAAACCUUAGUUAAGGAUCGGUAAGACCAUUUUUAUUUUGUUUUGAUUUAAUUAAAUGGGUUAUUUUUCUUAAAACUCCACUAAGGAUCCACCGAUAAACAUGGUCUAUAGAUUCCUAGAUUAGGUUUAAGCUAUUUCAACAGAUGAAACAACCUAAAGCUAAAGAAAAAAACAGAACAGUGACAACAAUUAACGGUUGCUACGAAGGAACAAAUGACAAAUCUUUGACGAGAUGAACAGUUGAUGAAUUAUAACCAUUAAAUCAAUGUGCCUAUUUCAUUUUCUGUUCUUAAAUUCAUAUUUUGCGUGGGUGUGUAAAACAGUAAAAGCGUUUUUUAGCACCGUUUGAAUCUAAUUCCGUGAGAUAUUAAACCUGAAAUAUUGAUAUAUUCCACACAAAAAAAAAGACAAAAUGAUUUAUCAUAAAUUGGAAAUACGUUUGGGGUUGACCUUUUUAGGAAGAUAGACGCCUUCUGAGCCUCUCAUUGUCUGAAUUAACUAUAGAAGCAUAGCCGUGCUUACCCUUUUACAAAAAAGACAACAGCCGCAGGCCCCCAUAUUUUAAUCAAUAUUUAGGCCCCCAUAUUUUCAAUUUCAAAACACAUUAGUAGUUCAUGAGUGUAUACAUAUAUUUAUAGAGAGCUCGAUUGUUUUUAUUUUUUUUGAGAAAGGAGAGAGCUCGAUUGUUCGUAUAUUAUGUUCUUUACAUUUAAGUUUGGUUCUUCUUAGUAGAUUCAUUUUUAAUAGACAUCUUUAGUAUAUUUACAAUUUCAUUAACUUGUAUAAACUUUUUUUUUGUGAAAAACCAUGUUUUUGAAAAUUAGCCUUAGGCCCCCAUUCCCAAAGUUGUAGGCACGACAUUAUAUAGAAGUUGUGCUAUGUUUCAGCUUUGUAUUUCGAAACAACUAUUUUGGUUUUCUAUUCGAUUUUUUUUGUACUAAAUGGCUUUUGACUUUUUGAUAAACAAUUAGAGUUUACAAGUUUUCGAAUGUUGUGGCGCAUGUACACAUUAUAUAUAUAUAUAUAUCAUUUACUACAUAUAUAUAAUUAAUGUGUGGACUAUUUUGUAUAUGUAUUUGUAUGUAAAAUUCUAUGUUGCUUUGUUCAUUCUUCGCAAAUAAUAUAGUUUAUGCAUAUAAUAUACAUAACAAUACAAUGUCGUUGAUAAUCAUUAUAAACACACAACAAUUUGGGGACAACAAAUAGAUUAGUGGUUACAGCAGACUGUAAGUGGGUUUAAUUAAAAGAAGCCGAUAGUUUUGAACAUUUGUAAAAUUUCUUAUUGCGUAAAUGGACCACCUGCAGCCAACUUUGCAUGGUCACAGCAGUAAUAUUCAAAGUUCAAAGAUGAACAAAAAUAAAGAACUCUCUAUCGAAUUAAUUAUAUUACAAAUUCGUUUUGGAUACGAUCUACCAAAUGAUCAUUACAACCAUAACAUUUUAAAACAAACGUUUAAAAGGUAGAGACAGAUUACAGAAGAAGAUUGCAACUAAAAUUUUAAAGAAGAAGAGAUUUAGUAUUAAUUUUUUGAGAAAUACUUAUGAUUUCUUAGAAAAUUAAACUGUUAAUAAGCAUGAUAUAUACCUGAGCCAUGUCAUGUUGCUAUUCAACGAGAACGACCGUUCUACUUCAAAACUAUAAUUAGGCCCGAAUAUACGAAAAUUUUAGAAUACUUUUGAUCUGUUCACGAACAAAUAUUUAUAUUUGUGAUUCGUUUCAAUCCGGAAAAUUUAAUAAACAACUAGAUUUUAAUCCGCGCUUGAAAGCGCGGGUUUGAUUUUGUUUUAAUUUUCAUAAUUAUGAGAUUCAGGGUUUGAAUCAUAUAAUUUUGAAGAUUAUAUCACUAAUAUAUAGGUCAUUUGCAUAAGCACAAUUAAUGUGUAUGAAAUUAGAUCACGCGUUUGCGUUUUGAAGUUUGUUUGAAGAUUCAUUUGUGUGUAAAAAUAGUAUAGCAAUUUGAAACUGGAAUAAAUAUAGUGUUAUUAGUAAUGAUUUAUGUUACAUUUAAUUGUAUGUCUAUUAACAAUCAAACUACCAAUUAUAAAACUAAGUAUUAUAAUAUUUUUAAUUUUUUUAUAUAAAAGUAUCUAUAAUGUAAAUCUAAACUACAAUUUACUAUUUUAUAAGAGUAUCACAAACAUAUGUUCUAUUAUUAAAAGUUAGAUUUUAAAAAGAAUAUUUUAUUCACAUAUAUUUUUGUAAGUUAUGUUCUUAAGUAUUUGGGCUUUAUUCUAUUUUAAAUUUAAUAUGAGUCUCAAUUUAAUUAUGUUUAAAUUUUUGGUCUCAUUAAUUUGGGGUUUAUCUGUGUUAGAAAUUAAUUGUGUAGUCGAUGGUACUAUGCUUCUGGUGGGUGAAAUGAAUAUUUCGAUGUUUUUAUAAAUGGGGGAAUAAUAUUUCGAUAAAGUUGUGUUAUAAUAGGUUGUGCUUUGGCUUUGGUUCAUGUAAUUUAUUUUGUUUGGGUAGGGUGGUUUAGCAAUCGAUGAUUUAAAUAGUUAAGAAUAAAUAAUAAUGUAUCCAGUUUGAUAGUUAGAUUAAAAAUCGCUUAUAUAUAGGUAAAAUAUCUUGUCACAUAUUGUUAUAAUAUAUAGGAGAAGUCUAAAAAAAUAGAAAAGAAAAGAGUCCAAACAAUUUUUUUAAGUAGAUUUAUUAAAACUCCUUCCCUUUUAAUAGUAUUGAUCUUUUAUAUUAUUAAUCAUAAAAUAAAAUAAUAAUACCAUACUAACAAAUUAACAUCUUUAACUGAAACUGUAAAGCAAAAAAAAAAAAAUAGUGACAAGCCUAAUAAAAACUCAUAUGUUGACAUUUGAUUCAACAUAAAAAUUAACUGGAUACACAAUAAUCUAAAUUUUUUUUAAUAGUUUAAAAUAAAAAAAUUACUUCGUAAAAUAUGUAUAAACAUAAUGGUUUAUGUUACAUAUCUAUAAAUAUACUGAUCGUAUCGGAUAUCUAGCUUUUUUAAAAAAAAUAUUUUUGAUAUUUUUCUUUUUACAGAUAUUACAUUUUACUAUUUACUUAAUUACUUUGAUUCAAAUUUUUUAUGGAUAUCCGAAUUUUUUAAAUCGACUCAAAAUGAAUAAACAGAUCUAAUCAAAUUUAACAGAAUAUACCCAACCUUAACCGCAAUUUAAAGUCAACGGUCAGAAUCGUUGGCUCUAAUAUAAUAUGAUUUUAAUUUAAUUAUACUUACCCGCAUAUAUAGUUAUAACUUAUAUAUAAUCAGCUUAAUGAAUGUCUUGUCCGGAUACACAAAUUAAUCCCUUUAUCUUCAAAAGUCUUCCCUGAUCUUUACUCCAUCUCUGUUUAACCCAUUCUCUUGAUACUAUUCAAGUACUCAUCAUGAUUCCUACAAGAUGCCAUGAGCUCAGCGGCUCUCGUCCUCCGUCGCUUAAACUCACAGGAGAAUCCCAUUCCAUCAAGAAAACGACUUCGUUCAACGUCUUCAAACAGUCACGGCGACAUGGACGUGCAGCUCCCGUAGUCAUCUACGCGCACUCUCCAAAGGUGAUCCACACGCGUGCUGAAAACUUUAUGGCCUUGGUUCAGCGGCUCACGGGUCUCGAAGGGAUUAGAAGGCGUAACCCUAACGACGUCAACGAAUCAUCGUUGUCUGUGUUAACCACGGAAGAGGCCAGUGUCGGUACUGAUGACACAAGUUGGGAGAGACAUCAACAAAGGAAAAACCUAGUUGAUAUUCCAUUGUAUACGCCGAGCUCGAUGGCCUUGUUUGGUUCUCCAACUCAACGUCUUUAAUUAUCUAUCACCUAACCGGAACGAUCCGGUUUAAACCCUCUGUUUAAGUUCAUAAAAGACUUCCAAUAGAAUACUAUAAUAUGGUUCCUUUAUUAUAGAUAGAUUAUGCUUUUAUUUGUUUGUACGUGUGUUCAUCCGUUCUUAAGCUGGUUAGCUUAGUGGAGGAGUAUUUGGUGUAAAUGACACUUGGUUUCUUUAAUCGGUUGGUUUGGAAAACUUGUUCUUAUCGUUUUUACGGCAGUUUAAAGAAAAAUACAAAAGAGUUACCAAAAAAAAAAUACAAAAGAACCGCGAGUUUCUUCCAACACUCGUAAAAAUACUGAUCAUAUAUGAAAAACAAAAUAUCUCAUGAUACAAAAUGACAAUAU